AUGGACACGUUAGCUGUACUCAUUGCGAAGGACAAAAUACGCGACCUAGUGAUGCCCUAUUCUCGAGCUGCCGAUCAAAGGGAUAGCGAAUUGAUGCGCAGUCUUUAUACUCAUGAUGCAGUCGACAAUCAUGGCGAAGUGUUUCACUGUAACGCCGAUGAGAUUAUCGCCUUUAUGAAGACGGCCGAGCCCAGCAUGGGCUAUACUGGUCACUACUUGUGCAAUCAUCUCAUAUCAGUCACCAGCGAGGAUGAAGCCCAUGGUGAGGCAUACGUUGUUGCAUACCAUGUCAUGUUAGGCGACCAUGGUGCAGUAUCUGAAGUUACCAUGCUGGUACGAUAUGUAGACCACUAUCGCAAGGAGCAAGGACAAUGGCGCUUUGCCAAACGAGAUGCUAUUUUUGACUACCAGAUGUCAAGGCCGAUUGGAGACCAGAAGCAGAUUUUCCCAGACCUAGACCUCACUUAUCAACUUUUGCCGGGUCACCUAUUCGCCAGAGGAGGGAGGAAGUAA